CUUGACUUCAUGUAUGUCGACCCAAAAAAAACAGAAUUUACUUAUAAAAUUCAACAAAAAGUUACUAUUUUAAAUGAUGAAACCGUAACUCCGUUCCGGCGUUGCUACCUGGUCAUUUCGCCGGGCUUUCGUGCCUCCGUCGUACCACCACCAACCACCUCUUCUGGAUUCUAAUAAACAAAUACUAUGUGUAUUUGUUUGUGCUUUUGUGCCGGUGUCAAUCGUGGGCGUUAUCUGACGUUUUCAACUUAAAUACUUUGUCGGAAGCAGCGAUCUUAGGUCCUACGUCGCCAUCAGAUCUCUUUCCGGUGUACUCUGCAGUUGUCUAGUGUUACACCAACUUACUCCGAAGCUUGGUAUUUACUUGACGAAUUAGAAUCUCUGACUCUCUUCUUUUCUGUCCUUCGAAGUGUAUAGGAAUGAUGACGUCAGGGUAUAACAUCAGGGAUCUUGUUAGAGAAGCACAUAUCCGGUGGUUAAAGCCGGGGGAGGUGCUCUUCAUACUGCAGAAUUUUGAGGAAAAGCAGCUUACCCAUGCGCCCCCUCAAAAGCCACCCAGUGGCUCCUUGUUUCUCUUUAACAAAAGGGUGCUUAGGUUUUUCCGUAAAGACGGUCAUAACUGGAGGAGAAAAAAGGAUGGAAGAACUGUUGGGGAAGCCCAUGAACGUCUAAAGGUUGGAAAUGUUGAAGCUCUAAAUUGCUAUUAUGCACAUGGUGAACAGAAUCCAAACUUCCAAAGGCGUAGUUAUUGGAUGUUGGAUCCGACAAUGGACCACAUUGUACUUGUUCAUUACAGAGAUAUAACCAUGACUGGGAAUAGUGGUGGAUCAAUUUCAACAUUGUCUACAGGAUCUUCUUCACUUAUUCAGAGUCCUGAUUCAUAUGCAACUCCACUAAGUCGAUCUGGUGGUGGUUUUAGUCAGAGCACCUCUAGUCCAAGUUCUGUAGAAGUCAGUUCAGAUGUGGUCACCAGGUCAAAUGGGACAAGUCCCUUGAGUCUGAUAGAAGGAACUGACAACUUUGAAAUUGAUGUGGCGUUGAGAAGAAUAGAAGAACAGUUGAGUUUGGGUGAAGAGAAUUUGAAAGAUCUGAGUUUAUAUUACAGCAAGAAUGAGAUUUCAAAUGAUUCAGGAUUUUCAAUUGACGACCAGGAUUAUGGUGAUGUUUCUAUUACAAAUCAACAAACUUUAAUUUGGGAUGAUGUCAUACAAUAUGGUGGGAAUCCAGUUGAAGAGAAAGGUGCAAAUAAUAACCCAUCUCUGCCACAAGAAAUUGAAGAUUUCAAAUUUCCUGCAUAUACCCCUGCUAGCAAUUUGUCUGACAGAUACCCAGAUUUUUACUCAACAUUUUUUGACCAAGGACAGACGGAAAUGCCCCUCGAAUCAAAUUUAGGUUUAACCAUUUCACAAGAGCAGAAAUUUAAUAUUCGUGAUAUAGCACCUGAAUCGGGAUCUGCAUCUGAGUCAACAAAGGUGCUCAUCAUUGGGGAAUUCACAUGUGAUAGUGAUACAUCCAAAAACAAAUGGUACUGUAUGUUUGGUGAGACUGAAGUCCCAAUUGAGAUUAUUCAAGAGGGAGUCCUUUGUUGCUAUGCUCCUCCUUUGCCACCUGGAAAAGUUACUGUUUGUAUUACAUCUGGCAAUCGAGAAUCAUGCAGUGAAACCCGUGAAUUCGAAUACCUUGAAAAACAUAGAGGAGGCAAAAAAUCUUGGAGAAGUUCAGAAGAAUUAUUAUUACUUGUGAGAUUUGUUCAAAUGUUAUUAUCUGAGAAAGAAGGUGGUGAGGAAGUAGAAGAGUCGUGGUCUCAAUUGAUAGAGGGUGUUUUAGAUGGAAGUUUGGCGUCAUAUGAUGCAAUUGAUUGUCUUCUGGAACACCUUCUAAAAGAGAAGUUAAAACAAUGGCUUUUUUCUUCUUCUUCUUCUUCUUCUUUCUUCUGGAUUGUUGUCUAA